GUCAACUAACAUUACUACCAAGCAGGUGAAAGAGUGAUAUUGUGGUUUUAGCUGACGUGUGUCGCCUCAUUGUUUAACGGAUGCUCGCUUACAUUCAGGUAGCGCGUGCACACGGGCGAGCGCGAGCAACAGGACGCUGACUUUCGUUGACUUAACGGCCACAGGUGUCGCUGUUACAACCAAUUUCUGAUUCUUACAAACAGUCCCUUUAAUGUUAGCCCUUCAGACGUUCUCUGUUUUUAUAGGUUGUAAUUGAGUGAAAUGGACACAGGCACUAUUUAGGAGGAAACUAGUUUGGCCUCAUUGGCGAAAAUGGCAUAUUUUCCUCUUAUACACUGAGAAAUAUAACUUUCAGCAUUUCUUUUUAAAGGGCCAAAGAGGUUUAGCUCUAAAGAGUUUAUGGCUCAAUCAUACAAAAUGUAAAUUCAGUCUCCACUUCUACACUGUAAAGAUAGGUAUAUGACUAAAUAAUGGUUUAUUCUUCAGUAAAAUCAUUUGAUCUAAAUGCUAAUUAAGUAACAGCUCUUUCUACUUGAGUAAAAGUAACUAGAGAGUAAACAUAAACAAAUACAGCAGUAUUACAAGUGUCAAAAGUACAAUUUCUCAUUAUGAAGCUGAAGCUGAAGCUGGCUUCUGUUAGGGUAAUGAGCUAAUGAUUACAGAUGUGUCAAAUUGCGUUUAAUGUUGUAGGAGGUGGGAGUGGAGCUAAUUUAAACUACAUUAUAUACUGUUGGCAGUUUUGACUAUUAGAAUUUAUUAUAUUUUAUAAGAUAAUCUUUGUAUGUAUUUUAAAUUCUUAAUCUGGAAAGCAACUAACAAAUAACUACAGAUGUCAAAUAAAUGUAUUGGAGCAAUAUUUAUUAAUAGUAGCCUAUAAUGUUUCAGUCUGCAAUGUAAAGUAGCCAGACAGAAACUGAAAACAGAAAAUCGUAAAGUACAAGUAAGUACUAAGUACACUGUUUGAGUAAAUUUACACUUCUAACUAGUGACAAACAGUAACUUUACUCAUCAGUCAAUCAGCCAAAUAUAACCACACAAACAAUUAUUCAGUAAAAGUGAAGCACAAAAUUCAAAGCUCUUAGUUUGAAGGUAGAACAGUUGAACUCUCUCCUCGUGCUGUGAUUGGCUGGAUGGAAGUGGCUCGUGGCUGCUCCACCCCCAGGUGUCGCGGGCCGGUUUAAAUAGUGAGGAUGGAGGAAGGACCACAUCAUCAUCAUCAUCAUCAUCAUCAGUUCACUCACCUGACAGGAUACUCUCAUUUCCCUGGAGUUGAGCCUCCAUCCUGCACUGAGGGCUGAAGCACUGCACAGCCAGAGGUCAAACCGAGGUCAGAGGUCAACCCGACUCCCAUCGACCCACCAGAGGCCGACCCAGUCGCCAGUGACUAUCCAGACGUCAGCUCGACCGCCUCGGAACCACCAGCGAUCGACUCCGACUCCUCAACUGCCACCACCUGCCUACCUCAGAUCGAUUCAACCACUGACGGUGAUACUUCCGACAUGGCGGACCCGGCCCCCGACGACUGCAAGUUCCUCUCCUUGGAUAAUGACUUUCGCAACAGCGGGGUGGCGCAAGCCGACUGGUCGGCCAAGAAGAUGGUUUGGAUUCCGUCAGAGAGGGAGGGCUUCGAGGCGGCCAGUGUAAAGGAGGAGAAGGGUGAUGAGGUGGUGGUGCAGCUCUCCAACGGUCAGAAGGCGACGAUAAACAAAGAUGACAUCCAGAAGAUGAACCCGCCCAAGUUCAACAAGGUCGAGGACAUGGCGGCCCUCACCUUCCUCAACGAAGCAUCCAUCCUCCAAAACCUGCGGGAGAGAUACUUCUCCAGCCUCAUCUAUACGUACUCGGGUCUGUUCUGUGUGGUGGUGAACCCCUACAAGAUGCUGCCCAUCUACUCUGAGAAGAUCAUCGAGAUGUAUAAGGGCAAGAAACGCCACGAGGUGCCGCCGCACAUCUACUCCAUAACAGACAACGCCUACAGGAACAUGAUGCAAGACCGUGAGGAUCAGUCUAUUCUCUGCACAGGAGAGUCUGGAGCGGGGAAGACAGAAAACACCAAGAAGGUGAUCCAGUACCUGGCUGUCGUCGCCUCCUCCCACAAGGGCAAAAAGGACGCCAAUCCUCCGCAGCAGCAGGCAGGAUCUCUGGCCUACGGGGAGCUAGAGAAGCAGCUGCUGCAGGCUAAUCCCAUCCUGGAGGCAUUUGGAAACGCCAAAACCAUCAAGAACGACAACUCCUCACGUUUUGGUAAGUUCAUCAAGCUCAACUUCGAUGUGACCGGCUUUCUCGUUGGGGCCAAUAUUGACACCUACCUGUUGGAGAAGUCUCGCUGUAUCCGUCAGGGCAACACUGAGAGAGCCUUUCACAUCUUCUACUACAUGGUGGCCGGAGCCAAAGACAAGCUGAAGGAGGAGCUUCUGCUGGAGGACUUCAGCGCCUAUCGUUUCCUGGUGGCGGGUCACGUGGAAAUCUCCGGUCAGGAGGAUGACGAGAUGUUUGUUGAGACUCUGGAGGCCAUGGAGAUCAUGGGCUUCACCGAGGACGAGAGAAUAGGGAUGUUGAAGGUGGUGUCCACUGUGCUCCAGCUGGGCAACGUCCAGUUUGAGAAGGAAAGGAACAGCGAGCAGGCGACCAUGCCUGACAACACCGUUGCCCAGAAGGUGUGUCACCUGCAGGGCAUCAAUGUCACCGACUUCACCCGCGCCAUCCUCACCCCCCGAAUCAAAGUGGGCAGGGAGGUGGUGCAGAAGGCGCAGACCAAGCAGCAGGUUGAUUUUGCGGUGGAGGCUCUGGCUAAGGCCAUGUACGAGCGCCUGUUUCGCUGGAUACUGGCCAGAGUCAACAAGACGCUGGACAAGAGUAAGAGGCAGUCGUCCUCCUUCCUGGGCAUCCUGGACAUCGCUGGCUUUGAAAUUUUUGAGGACAACUCCUUCGAGCAGCUCUGCAUCAACUACACCAACGAACGUCUGCAGCAGCUCUUCAACCACACCAUGUUCGUCCUGGAGCAGGAGGAGUACAAGAGGGAGGGCAUCGAUUGGAACUUCAUCGACUUCGGCCUCGACCUGCAGCCCUGCAUCGAGCUCAUCGAGAGGCCGAAAGACUCUCCAGGCAUCUUGGCCCUGCUGGACGAGGAGUGCUGGUUCCCCAAAGCCACUGACCUCUCCUUCGUGGACAAGCUGCUGAACACCCACACCGGUCACGUGAAAUUCUCCAAACCCAAACAGCACAAAGAUAAACUGAUGUUCACUGUUCUGCACUACGCCGGUAAGGUGGACUAUAAUGCAGCUAACUGGUUGACUAAGAACAUGGACCCUCUGAACGACAACGUGACCGCUCUGCUAAACGCCUCCUCCAGCGUCUUCAUCCAGGACCUGUGGAAAGACGCGGAUCGAGUGGUGGGUCUGGAGACCAUGAACAAGAUGUCGGAGAGUUCGGCGCCCACCACUAAAUCCAAGAAGGGCAUGUUCCGCACAGUGGGUCAGCUGUACAAGGAGUCUCUGAGCAAGCUGAUGACCACGCUGCACAACACGCAGCCCAACUUUGUGCGCUGCAUCAUCCCCAACCACGAGAAAAAGGCGGGGAAGAUGGACUCCCACCUGGUGCUGGAGCAGCUGCGGUGUAACGGCGUGUUGGAGGGCAUCCGAAUCUGCAGGCAGGGAUUCCCUAACCGCAUCGUGUUCCAGGAGUUCAGACAGAGAUAUGAGAUUCUGGCUGCCAGUGCCAUCCCUAAGGGCUUCAUGGACGGGAAGCAGGCGUGCUGUCUGAUGGUAAAGCACCUGGAUCUGGACACUAACCUGUAUCGUAUCGGUCAGAGUAAGAUGUUCUUCAGGACGGGGGUUCUGGCCCAGCUGGAGGAGGAGAGGGACCUCAAACUGACCGUCGUCAUCAUCGCCUUCCAGGCUCAAGCAAGAGGCUUCCUGGCCCGCAAAGCUUUCAGUAAACGUCAGGCGCAGCUGACGGCCAUGAAGGUGAUCCAGAGGAACUGCGCCUGUUACCUCAAACUCAAGAACUGGCAGUGGUGGAGGCUCUUCACCAAGGUGAAGCCCCUGCUGCAGGUCACCAGACAAGAAGAAGAAAUGGGUCAAAAAGACGAGGAACUGAAGGCAGCGCAGGAGGUGGCGGUGAAGACGGAGGCCGAGCUGAAGGACAUCACCCAGAAACACACCCAGCUGAUGGAGGAGCGAGUCCAGCUGGAGACAAAGCUCCAAGCGGAGACAGAGAUGUACGCGGAGGCGGAGGAGAUGAGGGUGCGAAUGGAGGCCAAGAAGCAGGAGCUGGAGGAGGUGCUGCACGAGAUGGAGGCCCGGCUGGAGGAGGAGGAGGACCGCAGCAACGCCCUGCAGCAGGAGAGGAAGGACAUGGAUCAGCAGCUGGUGCUGAUGGAGGCCCACAUAGCAGAGGAGGAAGACGCUCGUCAGAAGCUGCAGCUGGAGAAAGUGUCUGUGGAGGGAAAAGUGAAGAAACUGGAGGAGGACGUCCUGAUCAUGGAGGACCAGAAUAUUAAACUGCAGAAGGAGCGAAAGCUUCUGGAGGAGAGGAUGGCUGACAUGAGCUCUAACCUGGCAGAGGAGGAAGAGAAGUCCAAGAAUCUGACCAAACUCAAGGCCAAACACGAGUCCAUGAUCUCAGACAUAGAGUUGCGUAUGAAGAAGGAGGAGAAGGGUCGUCUGGACAUGGAGAAGGCUAAGAGGAAGGUGGAGGCGGAGCUGGGCGACCUCCAGGAGCAGCACGCCGACCUGCUCGCCCAACUAGACGAACUCCGAGCCCAACUGGCCGCCAAGGAAGAGGAGCUCCAGGCCACACAGGCCCGCUUGGAGGAAGAGUGCAAUCAGCGCGGGGCGGCGGUGAAGCGGGUUCGGGAGUUGGAGGUUCUGUGCUCAGAGCUGCAGGAGGACUUGGAGGCCGAGAGGGCGGCCAGGGGGAAGGUGGAGGCGGCUCGGCGGGAUCUCGGAGAGGAGCUGAACGCUCUCCGCACCGAGCUGGAGGACAGCCUGGAUACCACCGCCGCCCAGGGAGAGCUACGGGCGAAGCGUGAGCAGGAAGUGACCAUGCUGAAGAAAGCCAUGGAGGACGAGGCGCGGGGCCACGAGGCCCAGUUCCAGGACCUGAGACAGAAACACAGCCAGGCUGUGGAGGAGCUCAAUGAGCAGCUGGAGCAGGCCAAGAGGGUGAGAGGUGGUCUGGAGAAAGCCAAGCAGGCUCUGGAGAAAGAGUCUGCAGACAUGAGCGCCGACCUGCGAUCCCUCGCCAGCGCCAAACAGGACGUGGAGCACAAGAAGAAGAAGGUGGAGGGUCAGCUGAACGAUCUGCACUCGCGCUUCAACGAGAGCGAGCGGCAGAGGACCGAGCUCGGGGAGCGAGUCUCCAAGACGAAUAUGGAGCUGGACAGUGUGACGAGUCUGUUGAACGAGGCAGAGGGAAAGAACAUCAAGCUGAGCAAAGACGUCUCCAGUCUGUCCUCCCAGUUCCAGGACGCACAGGAGCUGCUGUCAGAGGAGACCCGUCAGAAGCUGAAUCUGUCUGGACGUCUGCGUCAGAUGGAGGAUGACAGGAAUGGCCUGAUGGAGCAGCUGGAGGAGGAGACGGAGACCAAGCGAGCCGUGGAAAGGCAGGUCUCCAGCCUCAACAUGCAGCUGUCCGACUACAAGAAGAAGCUGGACGAGACGUCAGGGACGGUGGAGAUGCUGGAGGAGGGGAAGAAGCGUCUACAGCGCGAGCUGGAGGCGGCCAACGGCGAGUACGAGGAGAAGGCGUCAGCCUACGACAAGCUGGAUAAGAGCCGGAGCCGGAUGCAGCAGGAGCUGGAGGAUGUCCUCAUGGACCUGGAUGGCCAGCGGCAGCUCGUCUCCAACCUGGAGAAGAAGCAGAAGAAGUUUGAUCAGAUGCUGGCAGAGGAGCGCGCUGUGUCCUGUAAGUUUGCAGAGGAGCGUGAUCGAGCAGAGGCCGAGGCAAGGGAGAAGGAGACGCGGGUCUUAGCUCUGGCCAGAGCGCUGGAGGAGAACCAGGACGCUCUGGAGGACGCAGAGAAGAUCAUGAAGAUCCUCCGAGCUGAGAUGGAGGACCUCAUCAGCUCCAAGGACGACGUGGGAAGGAGUGUCCACGACCUGGACAAAGCCAAGCGUGGCCUGGAGGCCAUCGUGGACGAGAUGAGAACGCAGAUGGAUGAGCUGGAGGACGAGCUGCAGGUCGCUGAGGACGCCAAGCUGCGUCUGGAGGUCAACAGUCAGGCCCUCAGAGCUCAGCAUGAGAGGGAGCUACACGCCCGCGAUGAGAUGGGCGAGGAGAAGAGGAAGCAGCUGAUCAAACAGGUGCGUGAGCUGGAGGGGGAGCUGGAGGAGGAGAGGAAGCAGCGAGGUCAAGCGUCGGGCAGCAAGAAGAAGCUGGAGGGGGAGCUGAAGGACAUGGAGGACCAGCUGGAGGCCACCAGCAGGGGGCGUGAUGAAGCAGUCAAGCAGCUCCGAAAGAUCCAGGGCCAGGCGAAGGAUCUCCAGAGGGACCUGGAGGACUCGCGUGCGGCCCAGAAGGAGGUCCUCACCUCAGCCAGGGAGUCUGAGCGCAGAUCGAAGGCCAUGGAGGCCGACCUCAUCCAGCUGCACGAGAUGUUGGCAGCAGCUGAGAGAGCUCGUAAGCAGGUAGAGACGGAAAGAGACGAGCUGUCUGAAGAGCUGGCCAGUAACUCCUCCGGAAAAUCACUGCUGUCUGAUGAGAAGCGUCGUCUGGACACUAAGAUCAGCCAGCUGGAGGAGGAGCUUGAGGAAGAGCAGGCCAACGUGGAGAGCCUCAACGACCGGCUGAGGAAGAGCCAGCAGCUGGUGGAUCAGAUGGGUGCAGAGCUGGCAGCAGAGCGCUGCACCUCUCAGAGCAGGGAGGGAUCCAGGCAGCAGCUGGAGAGACAGAACCGAGACCUGAAGGCCAAACUGCAGGAGAUCGAGGGCCAGGGCCGCUCCAAACUCAAGUCCUCCAUCGCCGCCCUCGAAGCCAAACUGAGACAGGUGGAGGAGCAGCUGGAGAUAGAGAGCAGAGAGCGUCAGGGCAACGCCAAGAACCUCCGUCAGAAAGAGAAGAAACUGAAGGAUUUAAGCAUCCAGAUGGAGGAUGAGAGGAAGCAGGCACAGCAGUACAAAGACCAGGCCGAGAAGGGCAACGUGCGGGUGAAGCAACUGAAGCACCAGCUGGAGGAGGCGGAGGAAGAGGCUCAACGCGUCGCAGCAUCCCGCAGGAAACUGCAGAGGGAGCUGGAGGAGGCGACCGAGGCCAACGACACUCUCAGCAGAGACAUGGCGUCACUCAGGAGCAAACUGAGGCGUGGCGGCGGGGAGGCGAUGUUCAGCAGCCCCAGCCCCCGCAGCAGCAGCGGUGGCGUUGGUCUCGGCAGCAGCAGCAGCAGCAGCAGCAGCAUGAGGAGCUUGGGGCUGGGAGGGAGCAUCAGCCGAAGGAGCACCAUCAAGGAGAACUCAAUGGAGCUGCGGGAGGAAGAGCCUCCUUCUCGGUCUCCAUCUCCACCUAUGGACGACCGCAGCGACGACUACGACGACGAGUAGACGGGUUUGACCCAAGUAACAUGGGUCAAACCCGUCCACGAAUAUUUUCACUCUUUUAAUUUAAGUUAUUUGACAGUUUCCUUUAACAGUAACGUGAAGGAGUCUCGUAGAUAUUUUAACACCAUAGGUCAACAUUCAUGUUGAAGUGAUUAACUGGGGUAAAAAAGAAAGCCAUAAAGUCCCAAUAAUAAUUUCUAACAAGCUAUUUGAUGUUAAAAAGUAACACUAUCCCUACCACACUAAUGCCAACACGUCAUUCUGAUCAUACAUUUUUAUAUUUGUUCAUUAAACAAUAUUUUAGACUUCCGUAAAAGUAAUUGGCAACCAUAUUGAGAAUCGAUUUGUGACGAAUGUUUGUUGGUUCCAGCUUCUCAAAUAUGAAGAUUUGAUGUUUUCUGUUGUCAUAUUUGAUGGUAAACUGAAUAUAUUUGAGUUCUGCAUUGUUGAUCAGAUAAAAUAAGCAUUUUGAAGACGUCAGUUUGGGCUUUUGGGAUAUUAUGCUGGGCAUUCUUCACUACUUUCUGACAUUUUAUCAACAAAAUAAUUUUAAAAAUAUUCCAGGAAAUAAUCUACAGUUACAAUAAUAAUCUAUGAUAAGAAUACAAAUCUGCAAGUUUAAACAAUCUCCAAUAAUCUAAAAAGUCUGUAGUUGUGGCUCUCUAAAAUACAAUAAUGUUUUUCUUUACUCCAUGAUCAUGUGAUGGUCAUCAAAUUGCUCCAAAUACUAGAGUACCCAUGAGCCUCAGCGGCUGCUGCUAUGCAGAAGACUCAGGACAAACAAGCAAAACGUUUUAGAAAAGCUGCUGAAUUUAUCCAAAUUCUAAAAGUAAUUUAUCCAAAAUCGACAAAGCUCAAUGCACUCUGGGAUUUAAAGUUUCACUUUCAUGUCCAUCUAAGCGUUGAAAUGCUCCAACAGUCACAUGACAUUAUCACGACUCUGCUUUAGUUUUAAUUAUCAGUGGAUAGUUUUAUUAUGAAUUUAUUGAAUUGUUGGCAGGAUAUAUUUGCAGCUUCAAUCUGGUUUUCCAUCAGUUAAACUCGUCGCUAACUAACCAAACUUUCCUCCGUUCCAUAAGUCCCUCCCUCGUCUUUCUAGCUUUAUUAUGUACUGCUCGCCAUCUCCAUUUCACAAAUAUUAAUUAACUUAUUUAAAAAAACACAAAACAAAACACAGUUCAGCAGGCCCACUUGAAAUGCCUAAACAAGUGAGCCUAAAAUUAAAUUGUAAGGACAAAUGCAGGUCUGAAAUCCAGUCAAACGUUUUAUUUUUAAUUUUAAAUCUUUCACAACUAAGUUCUUUCUAAAGCCAGCGGUGAUUUUUAUCACAUAAUGUGCCUUUGACAUAAAGUAGAUCCUACUAAAAUCUGCUGGAUUCCAAAUUGUUCAACUUUAUUUGGGGGAAAUAAAUCUAAUUAUUUAAGAAAACAAUAAUGCAGUGAGCACAAAAACGGAGGUAUGAAUGUGAAUAGAUGUGAACUCCUUAAAGUUUACAAAGUGAAACAAACACAAAAUAAUCCAAAUAAAAUAAUACAAAAUAAAACGCAGAUCUGGAAUCUGAUCCCAGCUUAAUUUUACAAGAGCUAAAAAGGUUUUGUGAAGUGAAGUCAAGAAAAAGAAGUAAUCAUUAUUUUCAAUGUUUGUGGAUUAAUAUAACAUAUAAUUUAUGUGAAUUUAAUAUAUUUAGAUUUAUUUAUAUUCCAGGUAGUUUAAAGAAUUCACAUUAAAUAAAGCCUUUUUUUUGCAAGUUUCAAUUUCAAGUCACAGAGCUAAGUGACUGUUUAAAAAAAAUAAAUUACCGGUCAUUUAACUAAAUUUAACUAAACUUUUCUUAACAUUAAGAUGAGAAAAAUAUUCCUUAUGUGGCACAAUAAAAAAGAUUUUUAACCUGUUUCUCAAGUUGCGACUGUAUUUUUUUGUCUGGAUCGCCAGAAAUGACAUCUGUCCUUUUUCUAAAACAAAAGCAAAAUAUUAGUUUGUAUGAAAAUUUUAAAUAUCGUAAAGAAACGUCAAUAUACAGUAUAUCAAUAUAUUGUGAUUAAUACAUUUUUAAAUUUUGAUUCAUGUUGUAAAAAUUGAGCCAGGUUAAACAUCUUUUUUAAUCAUGCAGCGGAUGAAAUAUUUAAAUGAAAGGAUUAAAUAAAUACCUGCGGAACAGCGGGAAGUUUUGUUAAACGACCUUUUUCUCAAAACUCAAGAGAUUUACGCUUCGCUCGUGAGAGGCACAAACUGCGCCUCAUUCUCAAAACCUCACUCACUUUCUGCACUUCCUCAGCAAAUGUUUUUG